AUGUCAAGUAGUAGUAUAGUAGUAGUUGAUAUCAAUACAAUCUAUCAACCAAUAUUUACAUUUAUAAAGAAAUCUUAUCUUCAAAGAGAAGGAUCAUUAUCAAGUGAUCUAAGAAAGAUAUUUUAUAUAUUAAACAAGAAACAAUUUACACAAUUGGGUGAUUUGUCUACACGAAUGACUGAUCAAUUGUGGCAAAAGUUGGUAUCAAAUAAUGGAUGGAGUCAUGUUUGUCUAAGAGAAUGUUAUGUAUACUCUUUGUUAUUAUCAACUCUUUAUCACGUCGGACAAAACAACAAUGAAAAGGCAAUUGAACAAUUAGAUACUAGUUUUAUAAUGGGUGCUCCUAAAUCAUUAAUCAUACCAAUCAUUAAAUCAAUUUCUACUUCAAUUUCAACCAAUAAUAAUGAUGAUACUUCUAUCAUUCCAAUGAUUAAAUAUGAUGAAUUAAAUAUAGAACUUCCAAAGAUUAAUAAUCAAAUUAUUAUACUUGAAAAUCCAACCGUUGAAUAUGUACUUGAAAAUCAUUUAAAAAAGAAUUUACCUUGUGUUAUAAAAUCAAAUGAAACAAUGCAAUGGCCUUGUAUUGAAAAAUGGAAAGAUUUAAAUUAUUUUAUAAAUAAUUUUGGAAAUAGAUUAGUACCAAUUGAAAUUGGACAUAAUAAAUUAUAUAAAUCGAUGGAUGAAAUUGGACAACUUGGAGAAUUAAAGACAAAACAACCAGAAUGGUCUGAAAAGGUUAUAAAGAUGAAGGAAUUUGUUGAAAAAUAUUUGGUACCAUCCAGUUUGACCAAUGAAAUACCCAAAACAUCGGAAGAGGUUGGAUACUUGGCACAACACAAUCUGGUUGAACAAAUACCAGAACUUUGUGAUCACUUUUCAAAAUCACAAUACCUACCAAAGAGUAGUGACCUUUCUCCACACAGUUGGUUUGGUACCAACAAUACAAUCACACCGCUUCACUAUGACAGUUAUGAUAACUAUCUCACACAAAUCGUCGGACACAAAUAUGUUCGUCUCUAUGAACCAUCACAAACACCAAAUCUCUACAUCAAGGAAACCAACAACACCUCUGUUGCCUUGCAAGGUAACAUGACAAUGCUCGACAUUGAGAAUGCAUCCCCUCAAGACUUUCCAUUAUUUGCUCAAGCCAAAUACACUGAAACCAUCCUUUCUCCAGGUGAUAUGCUCUUUAUCCCUUCCAAUUGUUGGCAUUAUGUUCGUUCACUUUCAAAUUCUUCAUCUCUUAGUUUUUGGUUUUAUGUUGAUGAUCAAUAA